UCGUAGAUGCCUUCCAUAUAAUCUAAUCGAAUGGCCAUGUGUAUUUAUCUGAUAUGCUGUGUACACAGCUGAGUCUGAGAAACGUGUAGUACACUUGGCUUGAGAUGUCGAGCUUCACGGCUGCAGUGGUACUUCUUUGCCUUCUGGCUUCAGUUCUAUCAAAGGACUACGGAUGCCCGGAUGCUGACCCCACCUUGACCCCAUGGAACCCUGGGCAUGACCCCACCGCGCAGGUGGUUGUGGGUAGAGGGGAGAACUACCUGCUCCAAUCAUCCGCAACUUUUUUCUCACUGGAAGUCAGAAAUGGAGGAAGAAUUGUAUUCGCUGACUUGGGUCCGACAAGCGAUGAAGAAAUAGUCCUGAGGUCUCGAGAGAUCAUAGUGGGCAGCGAUCCAGGCCGUGGCGAGUUCCACAUCGGUAGCGAGACCUGUCCGUAUCAGGGGAAGGCCACGGUGUCCCUGUACGGCCGCAAGGACGACCAGAAGAACAGCAAACAGUUCCUAGUCAAGAGAGGUGGAACGCUGGAGAUCCACGGGCAACACAAGCUGGCAUGGACACAGCUCACACAGACAGUUCCGGCAGGGGGCCUUCCUAAGGGAAGCUAUGGUUGGGAUUCCACUGCUGGGAGUGGUGGAAGAGGGAUUCACGUGCAUGUCAUCGACGAAACAUCAGCUGCUGUGGUGGACUGGCAACGCUUCGACACUCAAGCAGACGAAAGCAGCAGCCGAAGAUUGGCGUCUUUCAUCGACCAAAUACCGUCGGGAAAAAUCGUCGCAUUGCAAGUAUACGAAUCAGCCAGCGGACAACUGAAGGCAACCACUCGGCAGAAAAUACGGGAAUUGGGAAGUAUCGAGGUGGACGCGUUGUCAUUCAGGAACCCAUGGGUGUUUGUGGGUGUGAAGGGAGACCCCAGUGCUGCGGUUGAGCAGAGAAUCCCUUACGUCGACACACAGACUACCGGCAGAGCCUCCAUCACGGCUACCUUUGAUGCCUUCUUCGGCUCCUAUGACGUCACUGCCACAAGUGAAUGGCUGGGAGGAAGAUCCCGUUGUACGUUUUCGGUCAACCGUGCCGGAGGUGGUGAUUACGUCAUCAACCUGAAGGAUGACGUCAGUUCCUGGCAGCCCGGUGACCACAUCGUGCUAGCCAGCACGGACUACAACAUGGAGCAGGCAGAGGAGUUCCAGCUGCUGCCGUGCCAGGAGUGCUCCAGUCAUCAAGUGAAAAUCAGCGGACAAGCUCGUUACACCCACUUCGGCGAGAUCUCGGAUGACGUAGACUUGCGAGGUGAAGUUGGACUGCUGACGAGGAACAUCAAGUUCCAGGGGGAGGUGGAGGACAGCUGCUAUGGUGACAACUUCUGUCAGUACUUCAGCUACGACACGUACGGAGGACAUCUCAAGAUUCUGCAAGGUUACAAGAACGUGCAUCUGUCCGGUAUCGAGUUCACCCGCAUGGGUCAGCAGGUGUUGGGGAGCUACCCUGUCCACUUUCACAUGGCCGGAGACGUGGACGAGGUCGGCGGCUACAGCCGCCCAACGUACGUCCGGGAACUGUCCAUCCACCACUGCUUCUCCCGCUGUUUGACCAUCCAUGGCACUCACGGACUACUGGUUCAAGACACAGUUGGGUACGACACACUCGGCCACUGCUUUUUCCUCGAGGACGGAGUGGAGCAGCGGAACGUGCUGGACCACAACCUGGGCCUGGUGACGCGGGCAGGCACGCUUCUGCCCACCGACAGGGACAGCAACAUGUGCCGGUCCAUGAGGGACGGGGUCUACGGGAACCAUGUCCCGACGGAUAGCGAAUGUCGGGCAGUAACCACUUUCUGGAUCGCUCAUCCCAAUAACAACCUCACCAACAAUGCGGCAGCCGGUUCUUUGCACACUGGAAUCUGGUACAUCUUCCACCGUGAGCCGACCGGUCUGUCAGAGGGCGCUCUUCCUCGGAAACAAGCAGAACAGUCGCCGUUGGGACGGUUCUACAACAACAGAGCUCACUCCAAUGGAGUAGACGGUCUGAUGAUAGAUGAAGGAGUAAAGACGACUCAACCAUCUGCAAAUUCACCAGAGGAAUAUCUGUCGCGGAGGGGUGCACGGUACAAGCCCCACCAGAACUCGGACCUGCUUCAGCCGCGCGUCCCGGCCAUGAUUGAGGGGCUCAUCUCCUUCAAGAACACGGACCACGGGUCCUGGGUUCGAGGGGGUGACAUCUGGUUCAACAAAUGCGCGUUCGUCGAUAACGGGAAAGGACUAACAAUGGCCAGUGAAGGUACGUUCCCUAAAGACGAAGGGUCGAGUCAACAAGUCUGGAACAGCAUCUUCAUCGGGGAGAGUGAGAACGUGGGUACUGCCAGUGGUUCCAGUGUCUGGGGGAUGGGAGGGGUCAAAUCGGUGGGGAGGAGUCUACCUAAAGCCACGAAUUUUCCGAUAAGAGGACUAGAGGUAUAUGAUGGUCCAAUCCUGGCCGAGAACUGUACUUUCAAGAAGUACGCCUCCGCCCCGGAGUACAACCGCUGGAGCGGCGCGAUCGGGUUCAAGUUGCAGAACAGCUGGCAAACAGCACCGAACAACAACCUGACAGGGAUCAAGUUUGAGGAUGUUCAAACCCGUGCAUUUUUUGGCGGAAGGUACCUACCAUUUUUUGACACAUAUGACAAAGACGGGGAUAAGACACAGAUCUUCCACGACGUGGACGGCAGCACAACGGGACACCCCGACACCCACGUAGUCGGACAGGACAACUAUCUGGUCAGGAACGCGGGGUGUCUAGCCAGGCCUGAGUGGAGAGCGUACGUCUGCAGCGGCAAGUAUGCUCAGCUGUUCAUCCAUGCAUCCAUACCCGGGAACCUUGUGAUGUCGAUGGUUCGUGAUGAGUACCCAGACCAGCCGUACACACUGAAAGGACCAACCCCACAAGGCGCAAACGGUGUGCAGAAAUACCAACCUCCGGUGAUGCUGGAGAAGUCCUACACCAUCCACUGGAAUCGGCGGGCGCCUCAGCAAAUUAUUAUCUAUCCGAUAAACUUUAACAGCGGAGACUGGCUCCGACUGGGACUCUGCUACCCUCCAGGAACCAUCUUCCGUGUGACGUACCAGCUGGAGAAUCGCAUGGAGCACGCUAUAGUUCACGACGAGGAGGUCAUCCCCGUCUCGAGCCUGAACGCUGUCGAGGGUGGAGACGGGAAAAUGUUCUACUUUGAGGAGAGCACAGGUCUGUUGUUCCUGAAAGUCCGCGCUAACUACGAUCGGGAAGGCUGCAGCUACUGUUCCCACAUGGGCUGUGAGAGGAUCGUCAUCACGGCCACCAUGACAAGUGACGCGGUCAGCGACUGUACGGCAGCAGCCUAUCCCAAGUACAGCCUAACGCCAGCAGAGACUGUCCCCAUGCCGAGCUUUCUGAGCAUGGCUAACGACUGUGCAGGCUGUGGGGCUCCGGAACCAAUCAUCAAUGAUGACAACCUGAAGUUUCUACAAGUGACAAUCCAAGCCGCCGGAAAGGAGGAAUUGAAUUUGGGCUACAGAUCUUUUAUCGAGGUAGACGGAGUGAGGUACGAUGAUCGUUACCGAGGCUUUAGGAUCAUCGCCGUUGACGCUCUGAAUGGUUCGGUGACGCAUCACAUGACGUUCAACACGCACGGCCAACCAGAAGCUGAUGCCGCUAUGGCAACAUUCAUACGAAGCGACAUCCCAAACAACUCCAUCGUCCUUGUUGCCACACGUGACUCAUCCGAGCGAUAUGCCCAGGAGUGUUUGACCGCUCUGAAGGAGAUUGGAGCUCAGGAGCCUGUUCAGACAGACUAUAGAGGCAAUUUCGCAAUGAUUGGCUUCAAGGGCACGGUGUGGCCGAGCUGGAUCCAACAGGUCAACCUGCCGUCUACUCAGGGACCAGCGCAGAUCUACACCAAGAUCCCGCUCAUGGCCUGAGUUCGACAAGAAGAAGAAGAAAUACUCCCCUAUGCAUGAAAUAAAGGGAUUCAUGGAGAGUUCUA